CGCGCCAAGGAGAACGUCAGCACGUCGAUGCGAAGGUUUUCUCUGGCAGAGACGAGCUAACCAGGCUCGGGUUUAAUCAGCGCCUUUGGCAGCGCUGUCCCCGGGAGAGGAGGGUAGCUGUUCCUCUCUCAAGGGCGGACUCCUCGGGGCGUGGUGAUUGGACCGAUCUCCUUGCCUCCUCCCAGCUUGUCCGCCGGGCCUACCCGCCUUCUAGUCGUCUGGGAGAGGCUGGGGCUCCUGGGAUCGGCCUGGGGAAGCUGGGCGCGCCGGUCCCUGCUAGGGCUCGGAUGGGAGGCGGCGGGUGGAGCGACCUGGGAUGUUCAGUCUGAUGGCCAAUUGCUGCAGCUGGUUCAAACGCUGGCGGGAGCCUGUCAGAAAGGUGACUCUUGUGAUGGUGGGACUUGAUAAUGCUGGUAAAACGGCAACCGCAAAGGGAAUCAAAGGAGAGCAUCCUGAAGAUGUAGCUCCUACCAUUGGAUUUUCCAAAAUUGACCUGAAACAAGGAAAAUUUGAGGUCACCAUCUUUGACUUGGGAGGCGGAAAAAGAAUUCGGGGAAUUUGGAAGAAUUAUUAUGCAGAGUCCUAUGGGGUAAUAUUUGUUGUGGAUUCCAGUGAUGAAGAAAGAAUGGAAGAAACAAAAGAGACAAUGUCAGAAGUGCUAAGACAUCCUAGGAUAUCAGGAAAGCCUAUAUUGGUGUUGGCAAAUAAGCAGGACAAAGAAGGGGCUUUAGGAGAAGCUGAUGUGAUUGAAUGUCUGUCUUUAGAAAAAUUGGUUAACGAGCACAAGUGCCUGUGUCAGAUAGAACCUUGUUCAGCAGUCUUGGGAUAUGGAAAGAAAAUUGACAAAUCUAUUAAAAAAGGCCUUUAUUGGCUACUGCACAUCAUUGCAAGAGACUUUGAUGCCUUAAAUGAACGCAUCCAAAAGGACACAACUGAACAACGAGCACUCGAGGAGCAAGAGAAACGGGAAAGAGCUGAACGAGUGAGAAAAUUACGAGAAGAAAGGGAACAAAGAGAACGAGAACAAGGGGAACUGGAUGGAACCAGUGGUCUAGAUGAGUUGGACCAAAGACCACUAACUGUCAACCCUUUCCAGCCGAUAGCAUCUGUAAUAAUAGAGAAUGAAAAGAAACUUGAAAAAGAGAAAAAGAAGCAAAUGAUGGAGAAAGAUAGUGAUAUUUGUUCCCUGAAACAGAAAAUGGAGCAUGAACAAAUAGAGACACAAAGCCAGGCUAGUGAAAACAGUCAAAAAAACAAUGAGUUUGAAGUAGUAGAAAAUUAUAAGGAGGCAUUAACCCAGCAGUUGGAGAAUGAAGAUGAGACAGAUCAGCGAUCUUCAGAAUCAGAUAACAGUAAGAAGAAAACUAAGAAACUAAGAAUGAAAAGGAGUCACCGAGUAGAACCAGUUAAUACAGAUGACUCUGCUCCUAAGAGUGCAACACCACCCCCUCCUCCCCCUCCUGUUGGCUGGGGAACACCUAAAGUUACUAGACUUCCAAAACUUGAGCCUCUUGGUGAAACACGUCAUAAUGAUUUCUAUGGGAAGCCACUUCCUCCUCUGGCUGUGAGACAGAGACCUAAUAGUGACGCUCAGGAUGUGAUCUCAUAACCAAGUCAUGUGGAUUAGCUCUCUUAACAUCAGCAAGGUGAACUGGGACCUCUUUCUCAAAAUGAGAGAAACCUUGAUCACCACAGUAAUUUUAGAGAGCAGACUGAUAGCCAAGGACUUCUCCUGAUAAUUACUUUUCCUGGUUUUUCGCUAAGGCAGAAAGGAAACUAAAUGACUAAUAGAUGGGAUGAGCAUUUGGACCAAGUUAGCAAGACAAAAUUGACUUUUUGGUUUACACAUCCCAUUCAUGGGCAUAUUCCUAAAGGAAAACCUCAUUGGAAAAAGGCAAUGGACUCUGCAUACUUUGUUUUCUAGUUUGUAUUUCUAAGUUAAAGUGCAUAUGCAUGGAAGGGAAACUCCUUGGAAUUUAUAACCUAGAUCUUAAAGUAUUUUUGUAUUUUUCUAAAACUUUUAAAAAAUUACUGUUACAUUGUGCACUUUUCUACAAAUGUUUUGUUUAAAUUGUUUCUGGAAGAUACAGUUGAUGUACUUGAUAGACAUGAACUAUAUAAACAAAUAUUUUAUGGCUCGAGGUAUGUUUUGUAAUAUUAUUAUUGAACAAUAUAUCCUAAUUUGACCCUCAAAAUAAUGCCUUCAACACAAUAUAAUCUCUGUUCUUUAUUCUACCAAAUUAUA